UGUGUGUGUGGGGAGGGUGAGGUGAAUCUGCAGCCUGAACAACUCUCUCUCAGCUUGAGAAGUUUCACGGCGACUAUAAAAGUCCCGGGUGAAUGUCUUCACUGAGAACCUUUGAGGAAUAAAGGAAAAAAGAAAAUUACGACCAUUUUCUGGGCGGUUACCACCCCACCCCCUCGUCAACCGAAGCUGAUCUCCGGCAGUUAGAACCCCUCCCCGGACAGAGAGAGGAGGCUCUCCUGCCAUCAGGGAGACGUGUCAUCGCGUCCCGCCACUGCACCGACACCCUGGUCUAGAGUGAAUAGCAUCAAACAAGAACAAGCUACGAUUGAUGGCUAUUGAAGGUCCCUGGUUUUAAAUGGGCAGAAGCUAUGGCUGAUACAAUAUUUGGAAGUGGAACAGAUCAGUGGGUGUGUCCCAAUGACAGACAACUUGCCCUUCGAGCAAAGCUCAAAACUGGUUGGUCAGUGCACACGAAUGAAACAGCCAAACAGCGACAAAAUCAUACGCUCGCUGAACAUGAAAUUGCAGUGAUCCUGGAAGUCAUCAAGAGAGCAGAGAAUCUGGAUGUGAUUGAGCAGCGUCGUAUUGGUCGUCUUGUUGAGCGUUUAGAAAAUAUGAAGAAGAACGUGAUGGGAAACGGCCAUUCUCAGUGCUUGUUGUGUGGAGAGUUACUUGGAUUUCUGGGAUCGAAAUCCGUCUUCUGCCAGGACUGUAGGAGGAAAGUCUGUAUAAAGUGUGGAAUUGAAACAUUUGGGAGUCAACGAAAACCUGUUUGGCUUUGCAAAAUAUGCAGUGAGGGAAGAGAGAUUUGGAAGAGAUCUGGUGCUUGGUUUUACAAGGGACUGCCGAAAUACAUUCUACCAUCAAAAAGCUCUGUCAGAAACACCGAGCUGCACUUCCGGCCUCUUCAGCUGGAGACCUUGCAGCAUGGAGGAAGCGUUACUGUCAACCGCUCCUAUAGCUGGGCAAGAGGAAGAGUUGUCUCCAGUGAUAGUGAAAGUGAAUCUGAGUGCAGUUCGUCGAGUCAAGAUGACAAAGUUUCAGCUGGCAGCUCAACAAAUUACAAGGGAAGGAAGCAGAAUGGAUCAGGUAGCCGCCAUCUGGCAAAAUCUUCAUCUGGGAGUCAAUCCAACCUUGGAACUGAACGAGGAAGAGGUUCACCUGCCACAGAGAACCUUGGUGAUAAUGCUAAGAAUAAUUUUGGCAAGAAUUCACGAGGUUGGCAUUGAGUGGGUACAGGAUCCAGGCAUCCUCCCAAACUCUAUCAUCCAAGGAUUGCCCAUUUCUCCUUCCCAAGACGUCCGGGUUGGAGCUGUGAAUCCUGAUGCCAUUCGAAUAAAAGAAAUAUCUAAUUUGAUAGAAGUCCUAGAGUCUUUUUUUUAACCAGACAGCUUUAACUCUGGAGUGUUCAUUUCCUGGAUGUCUGGUUGGAUAUGGGAAAUAUUUGUGCUCUCGUAAUUCAUAGCUGAAUCUAGUUUGUUCCAAUUAUCUAAACUGCUUUAUUCAUGAUACCUCCAGGGUUACAAAUUGUUUAGAGAUUUAUUAUUAAAUAUUACAAUCCUUAUGUGCUAUUGUGAAGGCUUGGUCAAUGAGACAAAAAAUCUAUCUGAAAUAGCCUUACAGUGUCAAAAUGAAUAGCUAGACAAUCUGGAGCAGAGAGCCUUUUCUGUUACUAAAUGCAAAGUAAGGCCUGUACAGCUUCCGCACUUGUUCACUGAGAAAGGAUAUGGUCAGAGCUAAAAUCUCAUCUUGUGUCAGAAUGGUGUUGUAUUUGUAACUGUAUUUGUUGGAUUGGAAUGCUGUGGCAAUUUAUGGUCUAACCCUUGCUUGAUAUGUUCUAAAUUGCUCCCUGUGAUGCUGAAAUAAAUAAUAACUGAAAUAAAUGUUUAAAAAGCGAUA